UACGACCAUGAAGUCCGUGCGCCGCUCAACCCGGAAUGUGACCAGGAAAUCGUAUGCCAUCGACUUGGACUCUGACGACGAUGAUGCCCGGGAUGUUCCCCUUGACUUGCCUUUGAAACGGCCAGCUACUGCUAGUGGUCCGAAUGGCCCAGUAGUGAAAAAGAGGCGAAACCUCCGGGGGUUUCUUCGAAUGAUGAAGGAUGUCCCUCUAGAUGUUGUAUAUGAAGUUUUCGGACACCUGGACCCCCUGGACUUGUUACAACUAUCAAGAACGAGCAAGCAACUCCGACAUCUACUCCUACAGGAUUCUGCUAGAUCAGUUUGGAAGACAGCUCGUUCUAAUGUCGAUGGCUUACCAGAUAUACCGCCAGAUCUAAACGAGGCGCAAUAUGCUCAACUGCUCUUCGGGACAUACUGUCAGUCCUGUCUGAAGCCUGCUCGACGAGCGCAAUGGGAAACACGCACACGCCUUUGCAAGAAAUGCUUCCUUACUUCACCAGAUUUUAUAGAUUGGAUGAGUCCACAAAUUGAUUCACCGUGGCGGCUCUACAACCCCCUCGUUUCUAUGGAUGACGGAAGAGCAAUGUACUUUCGAUACCAUCGUCUGUAUACUCAAAAGCUGAAGCAAUCUUAUGGGAACGUUAAAGAUGAUUCCGAGCAACUGCAGAAGUGGCGUGAGAAUGCUAAGAUGGCCUAUAAAAAUAUUAAGGAGCACGCAGAGAAAUGCGAAUCCUGGUACCAGAGCCGGGUUGAACGUCGUGGCAAAGAGCUUUUGGCUAUUCGAUUCAAAAGGCUUAAAGAUAUAUCAGAUAGAUUAAGAACCCUCGGUUGGGCAGAAGAGAUCGAGAAAACGGACCCUGCUGCUCUGCUUUCACACAAACUUAUAUGGCAACCAAGGCCACUGACUGAUCGAAUCUGGGCUGGUAUAGAAAUGGCCAUUGUCACGUAUAUGGAAGAGCUAAAGGCUAGUCGUCUUCUCGCUGAGAGACUUCGAACCCUAGGUACCCGAUCCAAACUCUUCACAAGACUCUACAAGGCUUUCUUGGCUACUCAACCUUCCUCCACACCAUAUCCUAGUCCUGUCGAUGCCCUAAUCUCCCCUCCAGUUAAGACAAUCAUUGUCGGCACACCUAUUACCCAAGAGCUCACGGAAGCAAGCUUUUCAGACGCCUUCGCGCGCUUUUCAGACUAUUCAAAGCAAUGGAAGGAGACGGCAGACACAGAGAUAGGCCUUCUGAUGAAAGAAGUCAAUCAAGACAAAUCACACCUCCAUCUUGCAACGACGACAUUCCUCUGCCGUUCCUGCAAGAAAUACAUUUCCUAUCCUCGUAUCCUAUCGCAUUCAUGCACAACGGUUGGGUGGCUCGUUCCAAACGGUUUAGAUGACGAUGAGACAGUUAUGCGACGGAGCGUUCUCCCCAUUUUACCUUGGUCAACCCGUGCGGAUAUGGUGCCCAGCCAGUGGAGAAACACAUGUCAGCUCAUCGAGUUGGUCUGUAAUCUGGAUCCCAGCAUAACAACGACACAGGACAUGAAUAGUUGGGACCCAGUAUUCACUUGCAUUCCUUGUUCGAAUGAUUGGGAUGGACGGCUAUUAAUGAGAUGGGAGCAGGCCAUCCUUCACACAAUCCACACCGAUACUCAUGAAUCCAUUGAUGUCGUUCUCAAGCUUGUCACAAACGAACAAGAAUUAAGGCUCUUCGAGGUACUAGAGUCCAAUGCAGCGUCCGAGAGGAAGCUUGGUGUUCUUCAGCAGGAGGGGAUACUGUCGAUUGUUCGGUUGCGCUGUAACCAUUGCGACUUGAUGUUCAUAUCAAGAGAAAUGACCGACCACCUCAGAAACGACCAUAGCGUACUGGUGCCCUCGCCUAGUGAUUUCAACUGGCACUUGGAUGACAACCGCUUGAUCCGCUCAGCUGUGAGGGUUCCGAACGCCUACUUCGUUUAGUGAAAGACUACUACCCAAAGCGGUCACUAUCACUAAUAUAUCGCACGACACAAGUCAGGCAGAUGAAUCCGUAUCCUUAUUGAACAACUAGUAUACAUACAUGUACAGACGAUCACGAACGAACUCAAACAACAAAACGAGAUAUGAGUGGAAGGGUAGAUUGAAGUAUAUGUACUCGUAGUGUAAAAGUCCAUGCAUCAGGAAUGGGUGGUGCUACAUUGACAGAGAUGUGGGGAUGCUGAUGCAACGUUCGUUCAUUGAUUAGGCUGUAUACUAGCUUGUGCUGACAAGCAGCACACGAAAGUAGGAUAAAUAUGGAUUCCGGGAAUAGUGACAUAUAUAAGGUG